CACAGCCUAUCAUAAUCUAGAAUUAGGGUUUUCUCCUAAACACUCUCGUCUCUCUUCCUUCCACUCGCCUCUGAAGAAGAAUCAAACUUAAGCACUCUCGUCUCUCUUCCUCCCACUCGCCUCUGAAGAAGAAUACUUAACCAUGGCUGAACAGACGGAGAAGGCUUAUUUGAAGCAACUUAAGGUGUUCCAAUGCUCAAAAGUAUCUGGAAAGGGAAAGCGUCCUGGAAAGGGAGGAAACCGAUACUACAAGAAUGUUGGUUUGGGAUUUAAGACUCCCAGAGAAGCUAUUGAAGGAACAUACAUUGACAAGAAAUGCCCCUUCACUGGCAACGUUUCUAUUAGGGGACGUAUUCUGGCCGGUACUUGUCACAGUGCAAAGAUGGUGAGAACCAUCAUUGUUAGGAGAAACUACCUUCACUAUGUGAAGAAAUAUCAAAGAUACGAAAAGAGGCACUCUAACAUUCCAGCUCACAUUUCCCCAUGUUUCCGUGUGAAGGAAGGUGACCAUGUCACCGUUGGUCAAUGCAGGCCAUUGUCAAAGACAGUGAGGUUCAAUGUCCUUAAAGUCAUCCCAGCUGGCUCUUCAGGUGGCGGUGGAAAGAAGGCUUUCGUCGCUAUGUAAGGUGUCAGUGGUCUUUCCAGUCCAUGGAUUCAAUGAAGCUUUAAUUUUUAAGAUGUUAUAGAAUGAGCAGACAACAGUUUCCAAAUAUUGUAGUUUCCUUCUGUUUUUAUGAAUAUGUUGCUGGAAUUUUUGUUUUGAUUUAGAAGCAAGAUACUAGACAAGCUAGAUAGUGUCCUAUUUUGGCAUUUUAUGUGAUCUGCGUCCAAUUGAUUUAUUUAUUUUAUAUUGAAACAUAGGAUGUUGGUCUUG